UGGAAAAUGUCUCUCUCUCUCUCGACACAAACCCUAUCCUCCCGUCGCCUCCCUCUUCCUCCAUCACCACAACCUCGCCUCCCUCUUCCUCCACCACAACAAAGCCGUCGACUGGCAAUCGUAUACGCUACAACAGAUCUCCAAAGAUACAUCCUAAAGCACAAUUAGAUUUACCCUAAUCCGUGAAAAUUAAUACUUCAAAAUACACAAAAAUCUGGAAAAAUGAAGAGAAUCACACAAUGUUCAGAGGUAGCGAAGAACGAAGGGCGCCGGAAACAAUGGAGUCUCUGGUGAAAACACAAAAACAUCAACGGCAGUCAACGCAUAAAGGAAUGAGGCAACAUAGAUUCAGAAAUCGGACGCUUUUGGAGCCGGAGGAACACAUGACAGAAGAGUAGAGUAACAAACGGCCCUAAAAAUCAAGAGGAAUGCAAAAGGGAUUCAUUAUAACCCUAAAAGAGUAGUUGUCAGCCACCCUCUCCAAGAGAAAAAGAGAGACAAAAAGGUUAACAUAGGUUGGUACCUACACAGAGACUGCAAAAGUUCUAAGAAGUGAUUCUUCCAUAAGCAACUCUUCAACUCUGCAUCUGAAGUUAGAAGAAAUCCAAAACGGUGCACAUUAAAAGGUUAUCAAGUCAUCUAAGGAAGAGACACAGUUUACACAUACAGUAUAAAUCAGCAAAGAUUAUAAGGAGAUUUAGGGCAGACAAACUUAUCAGAAAUAGUGAAACAAAAGGUUGGUGAUCUGUGAAAGCAAGAAGAUGCCAAGAAGAUCUAUCAGCAAAUGAAAUAAUGCAACAACGGGAGAGAUAUCAGUGAAAGCAAAGGGGUGCCAAGAGGAUCUUUCAGCAAAAUGGUCUAUACAAAUAUAGCAAUAAUGCAGUAGUGAAGUUCUAACAUUAAAGAUACAAAUAAAGCUAUUAAGGUGUGAAAGAAGGCCCAUUGGAGUGUCAAAAAGGAUGGUAAAAAAGCAAUAAAAAGAGGAAUACCAAUAGGUUUAUACAAAACCCUAAUAAAGAGGAGCCGCCUAUACUAUAGCAGAAAAAGGAGAGAGAGAAAUCUUUCAUUAUAAAGGAGGUUACAAUAUAAUCAUUUUAUAGGCCUGCUGAUGACUGUUUCAACCAUGAGAGCUAUAGAGGUCUACAACACAACCUCAAAAUAGGAAGAAAAGAGAAAAAAGACAGACAAAAGAUGAUGUAAAUAAUAAUGUAAGAGAACAUGAACAACUCUACACACCAAAUAGAAAUUCAAUUGAAGGAAGAAGAAGAAUAUAUUUCAACAGGAACCAAAGACUAAAGGUAAAUCAACAUAGCUUUAUGAAGAUGUAGCAAAAAUUCUUUCCAGAACAUGCACAAACAUAAAUAUCAAACAGUUAUAAUCUGAAAAGGUAAUAGACUUUCAAACUUGAUGUCGUUUCAAUUGAAUUUCUAUUUGGUUUAAGACAUGAUAAGUAGAGAACUAACAUAUACACAUUGAAUUUCAUCAAACUCAACUUGAAUAAUUAUAUUUCCCAAUACAGUCUUCCUUCAUUUGAAUCUAAGUUCUACUGGGAUUGCAAAAAUUUUGCUUAGGGUCAUAAUGCAUAUCUAAUGACUUCACACAUUACUAUCCACCCCAUCCAUCUUUUAUUAUAUUAUUUCAUUUACAUUUUGUUUUGAUAGUAUAUACUGAAAAUUGGCUUAGAUUUUAAUUAAUGAUGUAUUUAAUAUUUCAGGAAUGGAUGGCAAAAAGUUUGAUUAGGGUCAUAAUUCAUCUAUAAUUAAUUCAUACAUCAAACGACCGCAACCAUUUCAGAUAUUAUCCACCCCCACCCAUUUUUUAUUAUAUUAAUUCAUUUACAUUUUGUUUUGAUACUAUAUACUAAAAGUUUGCUUAGAUUUUAUCUAAUGAUGUAUUUAAUUUUUCAGGUAUGAAUUGCAAAAAGUUUGCUUAGGGUCAUAAUGCAUGUCUAAUGGCAGCAAGCAUUUCAUAUAUUAUCCACCCCCACCCAUCCUUUUAUUAUAUUAAUUCAUUUUCAGUUUGUUAUGAUACUAUAUAUUUAGAGGUUUGUUAUAUUUUAUAUUUAAAUGUAAUAGUAAAUAGUAAAUAUUGUAAUAGAAUAGUAUAUUUAAAUGGCAGAUAUAGGCUUGCCUCUACACAACUUCCCACAAAAUACUACAACCAAGCUAUAUGUAACAGGUUAAAAGUGAAAAAAAAAUGACAAAAUACAGCAGUUAUAAUGGCUGGUUUCCCGUCAAAAAGGGCAAACAUGGCAUUUUAAAAAGUUCACAAAAACUCUCACUUUAGAUAUUGAUAGAUUUGUAUUUCGGUCAUAUGUUUAAGACCAAUAUUGACCUUUUACUCAAAAAAGAAACUAAGAAUAUGAUCGACUUCCAUCCGUACACACUGAGUUUUGGUGAAUAAGUCAGUAUGAUCAACAGAAUUUUAGUGUGAAGAUAUUUUGCAUAAAUUCAUAGUAAUAUCAUAAUCGCUUGGAAAAUUUUAAUAGAGAAAUAGGAGUAUACUAGAUAAGGAGAAAUCCUUUGUAUUUCCCCGUGGUUGGGCAACAAAUUCGCGAUUUCUUUUGCACACUCAUUUCCAUUUCUUUCUUUUGCUUUCAGGUAAAUUCUUUCUCGUAUUUUUCUUCGUCCAUUAUUUUCCAUUCCGUUUACAGCUCAUUACGAUUAAGAAAUAAAGAAUUUCUCUGAUCUCGCUGCGUAUUCCAGCGCGAUCGGUUGAUUUUCUUUAAUUGGGUUUUUCUUUUUCUAGGUUGCCCACUUUAUUUGAAGCUUUAGAUUCUGCCCAGCUAUAAAAAUUUGGAAUACUUGUGGUUGGUGAUUGAGAUAGAAAAAACAGAGAAAACGUAAAAAAAAAAUUGUGAAUGGGUGAGCAUUUGGUGGUGAAUAUGGAGCAGCUGCCAAUACCUGAUGUAGUUGAACAUAGCCAACCGGUUGCUCAUGCCGUUUUGUGUGGUUCUGCGGGGAAUAAGUCUGAGCUGGUGGGGUCGUCAUCAUUGUCAGCACCGGCGGAUGAGAAAGUGGUAGUGGUGGUGGAGAGUGAGGAUGCAGACGAGGAGUUGCCUCUGAUAGGGAUGGGGGAGUGCAGGAUUUGCCAGGAGGAGGAUUCGGUAAAUCAUUUGGAGACUCCUUGUGCUUGCAGCGGGAGCCUCAAGUAUGCUCACCACAAAUGUGUUCAGCACUGGUGCAAUGAGAAAGGAGACAUUACUUGUGAGAUCUGCCAUCAGCCAUAUCAAUCUGGUUAUACUGCUCCUGCACGUCCUCCACCGGAUGAAACUAGCAUUGAUAUCGGGGGUGUCUGGCGAAUCUCAGGCACUCCCCUAGAUAUGCACGACCCUCGACUGCUGGCCAUUGCUGAGGCUGAGCGCCAGCUUUUUGAAGCCGACUAUGAUGAUUAUAACAGUGCAACCAACAAUGGCACAGCAUUUUGCCGUUCGGCUGCUCUAAUUUUGAUUGGCCUUCUGCUACUGAGACAUGCUCUAUCCAUCACCGAUGAUGGAGAUGGUGAAGGAGACGAUGACGCUUCCACCUUUUUCUCGCUUUUCUUGCUUCGAGCCGUCAGUUUUCUCUUGCCUUGCUACAUCAUGAUCUGGGCCAUAAGUAUCUUGCAGCGCCGCAGGCAAAGACAGGAGGCUGCGGCUCUGGCAGCUGCUCGGUUUGCUAUUGUCGUGCAAGCUGCACAAAGCAGGGGUCUCCUCGUUGCCUCAGCUGCACCCGCAAUCGCUUCACAGGCGACUCCUCACUUCGAAAACGCUUGAUUGAUUUAAGUGGGAGUUGUACCUUCUCUUUCAUUUCCUUGCAGUGUGUUACUAUGUGUAUAUGCAUAUGUAUGUUUUUUAGUCAGAUUGACAUAUAUGAUAAUGCACUUGAAAACCUA